AUGUUCAGUCUACGAGGAGUUGGUCGAGUUCUGUCGCGCUCGUGUUGGAAGAGUUUAGAAGUCAGUAGGCAACGUCUAGCGGUGGUCAGUAUGAGUUCUGGAGCCAGACCGCGUGUGUUUAUCAGUCGGAGAAUUCCGGAGGAGGGACGGGCACUGCUGGCGGCCACAUGUGAUUCUGUGGCAGGGGUGGACGGUAUCCUGUGUCUGCUCACGGAUACGAUCAAUGGGGAACUACUGGACGCUGCAGGGCCUAACUUGAAAGUUGUCUCUACCCUGAGUGUGGGAUAUGACCACAUAGAUGUGAAAGAAUGUGCUAGGCGUAAUGUCAAAGUUGGAUACACGCCAGGAAUCCUGACGGCUGCUGUAGCAGAACUGACAUCUGUCCUGCUCUCACCAGGUAUUCGAGCUGUGGAAAAUGGUGAAUGGGGCACGUGGAAACCGAUGUGGCUGUGUGGGCCAGGUCUUGACGGAGCAACCGUAGGAAUUGUGGGAUUUGGUCGUAUUGGGGUCACUGUUGGCCGAUAUCUGAAACCAUUUGGAGUGGCUAGUUUUCUUUACCAUGACAGCUUUCAAAAACCAGUGGAAGCGAGCGAACUUGGAGCAGAGUAUGCCAGCUUUGACGAAUUGCUAGCCAAAUCUGAUUUUGUAGUUGCCUGUUGUGCUCUCACAGACGAGACCAGAAACUUAUUUAAUGCCAGUGCUUUCAAAAAGAUGAAGAACAAUGCCGUGUUUGUCAACACCAGCAGAGGAGGGAUUGUCAAUCAGAAUGAUUUAAUCACGGCCCUGCAGUCUGGACAGAUCGGGGCUGCUGGCCUGGAUGUGACCACACCAGAGCCUCUGCCGACAGACAGCCCACUCCUGAAGCUGGACAACUGUAUUGUCCUUCCUCACAUUGCCAGUGCAACGCACAAGACAAGGGCAGCCAUGGCAGUCCUGGCAGCCAACAAUUUGCUGGCUGGGCUGAGGGGGGACAGACUUCCACAAGAAGUCGAAUCCUAA